AUGGAGACGGCGGCGGCGGCGGCGGCGGCGGCGGCCGUGGCUUUGGCUCUGGGCUUGCUGCUGCUGGCCGGGGCGGGCAGCUCGUGGGCGGACGAGGCGCGGGAGGCGGAGGCCGUGCGGGCGCUGCUGGGCCGGCUGCUGGGGUCCGAGGCGGCCGCCGCCUUCGCGGUGUCGGUGGAGCGCGCCCUGGCGGCCGAGUCGGGCCUGGACACGUACCGCCUGAGUGGCGGCGGGGGCCCCGGGGCGCGGGUGCUCGUGCGGGGCUCCACGGGCGUGGCGGCCGCUGCAGGGCUGCACCGCUACCUGCGGGACUUCUGCGGCUGCCACGUUGCAUGGUCGGGCUCGCAGCUGCACCUGCCACAGCCGCUGCCCGCCGUGGAGCUGACCGAGUCCACCCCCAACAGGUACCGCUAUUACCAGAACGUGUGCACACACAGCUACUCUUUCGUGUGGUGGGACUGGGCGCGCUGGGAGAAGGAGAUCGACUGGAUGGCACUCAACGGCCUGAACCUAGCGCUGGCCUGGAACGGUCAGGAAGCCAUCUGGGAGCGGGUGUACCUGGCACUGGGCCUGACGCAGGUGGAGAUCGAUGAGUACUUCACAGGUCCUGCCUUCCUAGCGUGGGGACGCAUGGGCAAUUUGCACACCUGGGGGGGCCCCUUGCCCCGCUCCUGGCACCUCAAGCAGCUUUAUCUACAGCACCGUAUCCUGGAUCGCAUGCGUGCCUUCGGCAUGACCCCAGUACUGCCCGCAUUCCCCGGCCACGUCCCCAAGGCUCUCACCCGGGUGUUCCCUCAGAUCCGUGUCACCCAGAUGGGCAGUUGGGGACACUUCAAUUGCUCCUACUCCUGUGCCUUCCUGCUGGCCCCGGAAGACCCCCUCUUCCCCAUCAUUGGAAGCCUCUUCCUGCGGGAGCUGACCAGGGAGUUUGGCACUGACCACAUCUACGGGGCUGACACUUUCAAUGAGAUGCAGCCCCCAUCCACGGAGCCCUCCUACCUGGCCGCUGCCACCUCUGCUGUCUACCAGGCCAUGACUGCAGUGGAUCCUGAGGCUGUGUGGCUGCUGCAGGGCUGGCUCUUCCAGCAUCAGCCCGACUUCUGGGGACCUGCCCAGGUGGACGCCGUGCUGGGGGCUGUGCCACAGGGCCGCUUACUGGUGCUGGACCUGUUUGCCGAGACCCAGCCUGUAUACGUGCGCACCGCGUCCUUCCGGGGCCAGCCCUUCAUCUGGUGCAUGCUGCACAACUUUGGGGGCAACCACGGCCUGUUCGGGGCCCUAGAGGCCGUGAACCAGGGCCCCGCGGCCGCCCGCAGCUACCCCAACUCCACCAUGGUGGGCACGGGCAUGGCACCUGAGGGCAUCGAGCAGAACGAAGUAGCCUAUGCCCUCAUGGCCGAGCUGGGCUGGAGGAAGGAACCAGUGGCGGACCUAGGGGCGUGGGUGACGGGCUUUGCUGCCCGGCGCUACGGAGCCUCCCACAAGGAUGCAGAAGCCGCCUGGAGGCUGCUGCUCAGGAGCAUCUACAACUGUUCGGGCCAGGCCUGCAGCGGACACAACCGCAGCCCGCUGGUCAAGCGGCCGUCCCUCCAGAUGGUCACCGCUAUCUGGUACAACCGCUCCGACGUGUUCGAGGCCUGGAGGCUGCUGCUUUCCGCAGCCCCUGCCCUCUCUACCUGCCCAGCCUUCCUUUACGACCUGGUAGACGUCACUCGCCAGGCAGUUCAGGAGCUAGUUAGUUUGUACUACCUGGAGGCGAGGAGCGCAUACCUGGAGAAGAACCAAACCACCUUGCUGCGGGUAGGGGGCAUCCUGGCCUAUGAGCUGCUACCCGCGCUCGACCAGGUGCUGGCAAGUGAUAACCACUUUCUGCUGGGCCGCUGGAUAGAGCAAGCCCGGGAGACGGCGGUGAGCGAGGAUGAGGCCCGUUUCUACGAACUGAACAUUCGCUACCAGCUGACACUGUGGGGACCAGAGGGUAACAUCCUGGACUAUGCUAACAAGCAACUGGCCGGCCUAGUGGCCGACUACUACACCCCGCGCUGGCAGCUCUUCCUGCAGAUGCUGGUAGAGAGCCUGGCACAAGGCCGCCCCUUCCAGCAGCACCAGUUCGAGCAGAAGGCCUUCCAGCUGGAGCAAGGCUUCGUGUUCAGCACGCAGAAGUACCCCGUGAAACCCCAAGGCAACUCUGUGGACCUAGUCAAGGAGCUUUUCCUCAAGUAUCACCCCGUUAUGUGACCC